AUUCUCUCCCUAGCGCCUUUCCUUCUGUUCACUCUUUUCGCAUCACUGCGCGUCUGCGACUGGUCAUUCAAGUACAGACCUACUUCAUACGAGCUCCAAACAUGAUCUCCGCAACCUUGAUAUCUACUUCUGUCGUCUUCCUCGCCGGCCAGGCCUUUGGACACGGCAAACUAACUAGUCCACCCCCCCGUAGUGACACCAUUGGCUCUGCAUUCUCAGAGGCUUGUGGUUCGCAACUACUUUCCGUAGAAACUUCCGAUCCAUACGGCAACAUCCAGCAGGAAAUGCAAACCAGUUCAGACGAGACAUCGGCUUGCAACCUUUGGUUGUGCAAAGGAUACCAGUUUGCUGAUAAUGAAGCGAACGUCCAAAGUUACACGGCCGGGCAAACGGUUUCGAUGACUGCUGACAUUAGGGCGCCGCAUACCGGAAUUGCUAAUGUUUCCAUAGUCGCAACCGCAACCAAUACCGUCAUUGGUGAUGCCCUUUACUCUUGGGAUGAUUAUGCCAGUAACCAAAGUGGCGUGACGGCGGAUGAUGAGGCUUGGAACAUCACGAUACCCAAUGACCUUGGCGACCAGUGUACGGCGGCUGGAGAUUGUGUCAUCCAGUGGUAUUGGUACGCCGAAAGCAUCGAUCAGACCUACGAGGAUUGUAUUGAUUUUACCGCGGGAGGAUCCAGCGAUUCGUCGGCCUCGACUACAGCAGCGUCCGCAUCCGAGAGUGCUACGGUAGCAUCUGCAGAGGCUACCACCAGUGCUACCUCCAUUUUCGUCCUCGUUAACAGCUCCGCGAGCUCGGAGGCUGCAGCAUCAACAUAUGCAGCUUCCUCUGUCGAAGUUUCCGCGAGCAACGUAGUUGUGUCUACUAUCAGUUCAUCGUCAACUCCUGUUGUCUCGUCCAUCUCGAGCGCCGCCUCUGCCUCUGCCACAUCCGCCGCCUCAGCAUCUGGCACCGUUGCUAUCUCAGCCUCUGUCGCCUCCGAUGCCACUUCUACUGUUAAAACGUCCGUUGCUACGUCCACCUCGGCGUCCGUCGCCAGCACCAGCACGUCAACUAGUAGCACCACUGACGCUAACGAAUGCAUGAAUACAUACAACGAAUGUAUCGCGGCAUCGCAGCCUAACCCUGACUGGGAUGGGUGCUCUUCGACUAAGGAUACAUGCUUGGAAACCGCCACUUACUCUCGCCGAGCGAAGCGCUCGGGUACUCUAGGCCGCAGGAUGAUAUGAAGAUUUCCGGGUUCGUUUUAAUGCUCCCUGGCAGCCUUUUUCUCUUCUUGUUUACUUAUGUUCUUACGGCACCAUUGAGUGGUUGCGUGAAUCCUUC